GCAGGUCAGGACCAGCCCCCAGCGUGAAGACGGGGGUGAGGAGCCCCAGACCAUGGCUCCCUCUGCACUGACCACAGGGAGGCCUUUUUGCAACAAAGGAAAAGAAGAAGCCAGGUUGAUAAAGGAAGUGCCCGUCACUGUCGGGGUGGGCGGGUUUGGGGAAGGCCCCCACCCUCCUCCGUCCUCUGGAGGAGCCUGGUCCUCACUCCUGGUGCUGAGUGUCCCCCAGGGCCCCCACAGGCCUCCCCUCCGGCCUUGAGGGCUCUGCCUGUCCUCUCACCCGGGAGCGGGGCAAGGCCAUGCGGCUGCCCCUGCUGCUGCCCCUGCUGCUCCUGGCGUCUCUGCAGGCUGGUCACUGGGCAGAGAGAAAUCCAGAGCGUCUCUUUGGGAUGAAGCAACCAACGGAUCUCUCAGCCCCCGAGGGUGGCUCCAUUCACAUCCCCUUCUCCUUCUUUCACUCCUGGGAAUUAGCCAAGGUUCCCAACAUGAGAAUAUCCUGGAGAUGGAAACACUUCCAUGGGGAGUUCAUCUACAACAUGACCCCUCCAUUCAUCCAUGAAAAUUUCAAGAACCGGCUCUUCCUGAACUGGACAGAGCGUGAGAAGACCGGCUCCCUCCGGAUCUCAGACCUGCGGAGGGAGGACCAGUCUGUGUACUUCUGCCGGGUGCAGUUGGACACACUGACAGACGGCAAGCAGGUGUGGCAGUCCAUCGAGGGGACCACACUCACCAUCACCCCCGGUCGCAAGACAACCACCCAGAACCCCACCACCACGGCUGCCACCACUGCUAUGCCUGGCCUUAGGAACUCAGAGAGCGGAAAGAGCCCGCGGUCUUGGCUCCAGAGUACGGAAGCUAUAGUCGGGUUGGCACUGGCCAGCGCUGCGCUCGUAACCACAAUUGUGGGGCUGAUUGUGUACUUUAGAUGCAAGAGAAGCAAAAGUGCGCAGACUGAAGCAAGGACCCCAGUCAGGGAGUCCUCCCAAAACGCGGAAGAGAAUUACGAGAACACCGGGAAUAAAGGACAACAUGUAGACCCCAAGCCGGAUGCCAAGGAUGAUGGUGGUGGCAGCGGAGGAGUCCUCUACGCCUCCCUCACCCUCUCUACGUUAAACUCACCAGCAACAGCAGCGCCUCCCUUGCCCCGUCCCCAAGAGGGCCCCCAGGAAGAGACCCUAUACUCUGUCUUAAAGGCCUAAGCAGUGGGACUGAGUGGGGACCUCCUUCGAGUCAGCUGCGCACAGGGAUCUCAGCUCCUCAUAAUCUCCCCGGCCAGACGCAGACAGCUCAGAGGCCAGCAGGUGCGGGGCCACCAAGGACCUGAGAGUCACACAGCCCCCGCCCCGAUUCCCUCUUCACCUCCCCAGACUUUCACCACAAAAAUAAAAGGACCUGUGCAAUCUGCCUGAAUGCAUCUGCGGAGAAAGCUGACGUCACCUUCAACUUCUGUCCUUCCGGAAGUUGAAAAAAAUGAACCAUGAUAGAUAGCUCACACCCAGAUCCCUCCCCUAGUACUUCUGUUCAGUGACUGCCUCAGGCCAGAGACAAAUAAAUCCCCAAACAGUGG